AUGUUCGAUGGCCGCCAAAUUGAUCCUGUUUGUGGAGUCCCAGACCAACCACAGUGUCGUGGAUAUACUCCUCAGAUGGGCGCUUUGGGACUCACGCUUGCGUGGCACCGACUCCAAGUAGUAUCAAGCUUCCUCCUAGGAAACUUUUUCCGAGUGAUUGUUGUUCCCCCAAAGCGGUCAAUUGGAUCGUCAUUACAAUUAUCCAGUUAUGUGCAGAUUGGACUAGAAUCAUUAGCUUGCCCGCUGAAAUUACAAGACUCUCAAAGCCAGAUACGGGGCGAAUUGAACAACGGUGCAGUAAGAAUCAAAAGUUCACUGCAAAUCCUUGGGAAUGUCGGGGGGAAACUACUAUCUGACAAAUUUGGAUUCUGGCUGCCACAUGAUGUGAAGAUAUCAGAAUUUGGGAAGCCAUCUGGGUGCCGUUAUUUCCAGUUGAGUAAGCUCUGGAACUAUCGACUGCAUCGACUAUAUCUACAUAUUUUUCCAACAACCAGAUCCAAUUCUGUUUUCCAUAGCAUGACGGGGUUCUCCGACAAAGGCCAGCUUGCGGCAUCGUCACGCAAAGAGCCUGAUCAACGUCUCGGUCGAAGUUGUCAACACAUCUACAUGCUAAAAAGUCGCCGGUUGCCAUAA